UUUUAGCAGAAGAGAAGCUGGCAAGAGGGAGCAGUGGCAGCUGGCUGAUGUGCCCCUAAGGAUCCUCAAAAUGAGAUUCCCAGCAGUGAUUGUUUGGCUUAUGUGGUGGACGGUUUGUGUUGCAGAAGAUUGUGAAGGACCGCCUCCAGGAAGACAAAAUGAAAUUUUGUCAGGUGUCUGGUCUGAACAAACAUAUCCCGAGGGAACUCAGGCUACAUAUAAAUGCCAACCUGGAUAUAGAAGUCUUGGAGCUAUUGUAAUGGAAUGCAAGAAUGGAAAAUGGGUGGCUCUUAAUCCAUUGAGGAUAUGUCAGAAAAGGCCCUGUGGACAUCCUGGAGAUACUCCAUUUGGUUCUUUUCAUCUUGCAAGAGGAAAUGAAUUUGAAUAUGGAGCAAAGGUUGUUUACACAUGUAGUGAGGGGUAUCGGAUGCUAGGUAGGAUUAAUUUCCGUGAGUGUGAAUCUGAUGGAUGGACCAAUGAUAUUCCUUUAUGUGAAGUUGUUAAGUGUUUGCCAGUGACACAUCCAGAGAAUGGGAGAAUUACCAGUAGUGUGUCGGACCUAGACCAGGAAUAUACUUUUGGACAAGUCGUGCGGUUUGCGUGCAACUCAGGCUUCAUGCUUGUUGGGCCUGCAGAGAUACAUUGCUCCACAAAUGGUGUCUGGAGUGGAGAAAGCCCGACGUGCAUAGAAAUUUCCUGCCAAAAGCCAGAAAUCCCAAAUGGAAGGGCUGUCUCCCUGAAGAACACUUACAAGGAAAAUGAACGAUUUCAAUAUACAUGUCACAAGGGUUAUGAAUACAGUAAUAAAGGAGAUGCCGUAUGUACUGCAUCGGGAUGGACUCCAAGUCCUUCAUGUAAAGAAAUCAUAUGUGCUUCUCCUCAUAUUAAAAAUGGUGACUAUAAACCCAAAGGCAUCAUAUACCGAAGUGGAGAUGAAAUCAUAUAUCGAUGUAGAACUUCAAACCAAGAAAAAAAGGCAACAUGUACUAGUACAGGCUGGAUACCUCAGCCAAGUUGUACUGGGAAUUAUUGUGAUUUUCCAAAAAUAAAACAUGGCAGUUUAUACAAUGAAUUUUGGUAUAGAGGAAGCUUUCCAGUACGUGUAGGACAAAAAUUUUGGUAUUCCUGUGAUUCCAAUUUUGCGACCAAUUCACAAGAGCCCUGGGAAUAUAUUCAUUGCACACAAGACGGAUGGUCACCAGAGGUACCAUGCCUCAGACAAUGUAUUUUCAAUUUUUUGAAAAAUGGAAAUUAUCCAAAACCAGGAAGAAAAUACUUACAGGGUCAGUCUGUAAGAGUUGACUGCAAACCUGGCCACAGUCUUCCAAAUGAGCAGACUGAGAUGACGUGUACAGAGGACGGCUGGUCCCCUCCCCCCGAGUGUUUUCUUCUCGCCGAGAGUGCAGGUCAGCCCCUUGCAGAAGAUCCCAUAGGAGUGGGCGGCGGCCGAGCUGGGGAGGUCGACAGCCAGGCCCAACAGAGCCGCCUCCAGAGACUGGUGCCCACUGUCCUUCAGACUGUCCUAGGUCCAACCUCCCCCUGGGUGCUGCGUCGCCUCCGCUCAGGCCUGUGGGGCCCCGCUAGGGCGCUGAGGGAGCAAGGGAGGUGGCAGCGACGAGGCCUGGCCGGCGGGCUGCAGCAAGCUGAGUCCCCACAUGACACUCUGGGAAGCAGCUCCGCGACUAAUAGUUUCUGGUCCCUGCUGAAUUUAGAAGAAAUAGAAUGCAAGAUUCCUGAAAUAGAAAAAAACUUAGUUCCUGAGCCCAAAAAUGACAACUACAAAGUUGGAGAUGUGUUGAAAUUCUCCUGCAGACAAAGACUUAAAAGAGUUGGACCAGAUUCGGUUCAGUGUUACGAAUUUGGAUGGUCCCCUAGUUUUCCAACAUGUAAAGAGAAAACACAUCAGUGUUCUUCACCUCCUCAACUCCUUAAUGGGAAAGUUAAAGAAACACAGAAAGAAAACUAUGAACACAAUGAAUUAGUGGAAUAUAUAUGCAAUCCUAGAUUUCUGUUGAAGGGUUUUAAUAAAAUUCAGUGUGUUGAUGGACAAUGGACAGACUUGCCGAUUUGUAUUGAGGUGGCGGGUACAUGUGGAGAAAUACGUGAACUUGAAUACGGCUACGCAGUUGAGACUUCUAACCCUCCUUACCACCAUGGAGAUUCAGUGGAGUUCAGUUGCAGAGAAGAAUUCACCAUGAUUGGAGAAAAAUCAAUUACGUGCAUACGUGGAUUAUGGACCCAACUUCCUCAGUGCAUUGCAACAGAUAAACUUGACAAGUGUAAAUACAGCUUACCUGUACGUGAGGCAUAUCCAUUAUAUAAGACCGAAUUUGAUCAUAAUGAGAACAUAAGUUACAGAUGUAAAGGAAAAUUAGAACAGAAACACUCAACGUGCAUAAAUGGAAGAUGGGAUCCUAAACUAAGCUGCACAGAAGUACAAAUGAAGUCAUGCUCACCUCCACCUCAAAUUCCCAAUGCUCAGAAUAUGAAAACAACAAUAAAUUAUCAGGAUGGAGAAAAAGUAUCUGUUGUCUGUCAAGAAAAUUAUGUAAUUCAGGAUGGAGACGAACUCGUGUGCAAAGAUGGAAGAUGGCAGUCCAUACCACACUGUGUUGUAGAAAACCCAUGUCCUCAACCACCUCAGAUAGAACAUGGAACCAUUAAAUCAUCUAAAUUUUCAGAAGAAAUGGACAUAACAUUGAAAACUGAGCUCUAUGCACAUGGCACUAAAUUAAAUUACACUUGUGAAGAUGGUUUCAGGAUAUCUGGAAAAGAUGAGAUAACGUGCCACGCGGGAAAAUGGAGUUCUCCACCUCGGUGUGUAGGACUUCCUUGUGGGCCACCACAUUUGAUUCCACAUGGUUUUCCAUCUCCCGUAUCAGACAGUUACCAAUAUGAAGAAGAAGUAACGUACCAAUGCACCGAAGGUUUUAUGAUUAAUGGACCUGCAUCUAUAAAAUGUUUAGGAGGAAAGUGGUCCCCUCUACCAGAAUGCAAAAGCACGGAUUGUUUUAGCUUACCCGACUUUGGUAAUGCCACACCCAUAGGCCAGCAGAAGGCAGUAUAUAAGUCAGGAGAAAAAGUGACUUAUAAAUGUCCAACUAGUCACCUUGUGGAUGGACCAAACACUGUACAGUGUAUUAACAGCCAAUGGAUAGGAAAGCCAAGAUGCAAAGACCCUAAUGAAAAAUGUGGGCCUCCUCCGCCUAUUGACAAUGGAGACAUAACCACAUUCCCAAAACCGGAAUAUGAUCCAGGAUCAUCGGUUGAGUACCAGUGUCAGUCCUUGUAUGUGCUUGAGGGAAACAAGAUCAUAACGUGCAGUUAUGGGCAGUGGUCCAAACCACCAAAGUGCUUGGAUGCAUGUGUAGUGUCAGAAGAAACCAUGGAAAAACAUAAAAUAAAAUUUCGAUGGUCCCCUAAGAAAAAACUGUAUGCACCAACACAGGAUCACGUUGAAUUUGAAUGUAAACCUGGAUAUGUUAAACGGACAGCAGAGCAUACAUUCCGAGUAACCUGUUUGGAAGGGAAACUGACUUAUCCUGUUUGCGUAUAAAGCAAUGGUUAACAUGCAUUCCUAAAACGAAAAUGUGUACAUUCUUUCAGAUUUUUUCAUAAUCCAAUUCUCAGUUUACUUUGCAAGUGUUUAACUCAUUUAUAUUCAUAAAUCAGAAUUUGUGAUAAAUAUCAUAUAAAUGAUGUAAUUAAAUCUGAGAGAAAAAUAAAUCACAUCUUAAAAGCACCUCAUAAAACUUGGCAAACUAAAA